AUGAUGAUGGAAGGAAGGUGUGCAUACGUCGUCCUCAUCAUGGCGGCAUACUGGAUGACAGAAGCCAUCCCUUUGGCUGUGACCUCCCUCAUUCCCGUCUUCCUCUUUCCCCUAUUCGGGGUCAUAGGGACCUCCGACGUGUGCAUGGUCUAUCUGAAGGAGACCAACAUGAUGUUCAUCGAGCGAGAUUGUACGAAUGAGGUAUGCGAAUGCGUAGGUGGUCUCAUUGUCGCCAUUGCCGUCGAGCAUUGCAACCUCCACAAGAGGAUCGCCCUUAGGGUCUUACUAUGGGUCGGAACCACGCAAAAAUGGUUGAUGCUGGGUUUCAUGCUGACGACGAUGUUCCUGUCCAUGUGGAUCUCCAACACGGCAACAACUGCCAUGAUGGUCCCCAUCGUGGAGGCCGUCCUCAUGGAACUCUAUCGGGUAGGAGCCUCCAAAGAUGUCUCGUGCCAUUCACUCUUUCUCUCUCUCUCCCUCUCUCGUUCUCUCUCUCUCUCUCCCUGUUUGUGGUCGAUGGAAUGUACCAAACAGAAAGAAGAGAAUGCCCCAAGAAUAGCGGUGGUGAGUGGGUCGUCUCGAGAAGACCUACAACGUGGCAGCAUGCAGGAGCUGCGGCGCCUGCCGGAGCGAGAAGCUUCUGAAGCGUCCUUCAAGCCAGUCCUGGAGAUAGAGGAUGAGUGGGGAGUCCCGUUUGAGGAUUAUCUACAUGAGGACGAUGACUUGAAGGAGGGAUACAACAGUGCGAGAGUAGGGUGCCUAUUGGCAAUGGCGUAUUCCGCCAAUAUCGGGGGGACGGGGACUCUCAACGGGACGGGACCCAAUCUCGUUCUCAAAUCCGUUCUCGAUCGCUUGUGGCAAAACUGGGAAAAGGAUGACCAUUCGAAGAAGUUCAAAGAGGGCUACCACGAGGCUCGGAUUCAAGUCUUGUUGGCCGUGGCUUAUUCGGCUAACACAGGAGGAACAGGAACCCUAACCGGAACAACACCCAAUCUCAUUCUUAAGGCAGUGGUGGACGAGACGUACGGAAGCGAGUCAGGGCUCAAUUACGGUACUUGGAUGGCCUUCAACGUCCCCGGAAUGUUACUCAACGUCUUCAUUGCCUGGCUCUGGCUGCUGGGCGUCUUCCUCUUCGCUCAGUGGAGGGACCGUCGGAACCACCCAGAGAAGAAUGUGACGAGUAAAAGCGAUUCAGCGAAGGCAGAAGAGGCGGCUCGAAAGGUGAUCGUCAAGAAGUACGAGGAACUGGGAUCCAUUUCAUUCCACGAAUUCAUGACCCUCACCCUUUUCAUCACUCUUGUUCUGCUCUGGCUCUUCCGGGAACCUCAGUUCAUCCCCGGGUGGGCCGAUAAGAUCAAGGAAGACAAGCAUUUUGAAAUCGGAGACGCGACCGCUGCGAUGUUCAUUGUCUUCCUUUUCUUCAUCAUUCCUGCGAAACCCGACUUUUGGUGCUUCCGAGAAUCUUCAAGCAGAAACAUAUUUCCCAUAUAUUUCUCCUUACAUUUGGUCCGAGUGAAGAUCUUUCACAUCUUAGAUGAGCCGUCGCAGUCGAGCGUGGCUCUUCUCAACUGGAGGGUCGUCCACGAGAAGUUGCCAUGGGGGGUUGUUCUCCUCCUCGGUGGAGGAUUUGCAAUGGCCGAGGCCUCCGAAAAAUCCUGCCUGUCCUAUUGGCUGGGUCAGCAGAUGGGAAGUAUGAAAACGUUGGAUCCACCCGUUCUCGUUUUCAUCAUCACUCUCAUGACUGCCAUGAUAACGGAGGUGGCCUCCAAUACUGCUACUGCUACCAUCCUCAUGCCAGUUCUGGCACAGCUCUCAAAUGUGGUGAAGAUGAAUCCUUUGUACCUGAUGCUGCCAUCGGCUGUGGCUUGUUCAUAUGCCUUCAUGCUACCCGUGGCCACUCCUCCCAACGCUAUCGUCUUCGAGGCCACCCAAAUGAAGACCACCAGCAUGAUGAAGGCAGGGUUUGCCAUGAACGUGAUCUGCGUGUCAGUGAUCAACCUUAUGAUCAAUACGUUGGGGUACAGUAUCUUCCACUUCGACUCGUUCCCCGCCUGGGCGAAUGAUACCGCGACUUCCGGCUCAUCCGGCUCCUCGCAUUGCAACUACACUAUUUCCUAGUACCUUGAUGUCCUUUGCAUCUAAUACUCUUAUUCAUGUCUUCCAACUGUUUUUUCAAGUAUCCGGUGUGGGAAUCCAGAGACUGCAUGACAAUUAAUUUUCAUGUAGUAUCAUCAUCAAAGACUUUUAAGGGGAUAGAAUGUCCAUUGGAUUCCUGUCUAGCAGCCGACUUGGUUUAAUGUGUGGAAGACAUGAAAAUAGGAUUGGUUGUGAAUGGAUGUGGAUCAUUAUAUUUAUUCAUCAUUAAAAUAACAUUUUGGAAA